GCCGCCAAAAAAUCUCACCACCGCUCUUCCUCCACCCAUGGCGGAGCUAAAGCUCUCGGAGAGCCGAGACCUGACCCGAAUAGAGCGCAUAGGCGCUCACUCCCACAUCCGCGGCCUCGGCCUCGACUCCGCCCUCGAAGCUCGCGACGUCUCGGAAGGCAUGGUGGGCCAGACCGCAGCUCGUAAAGCCGCCGGCGUGAUUCUCCAGAUGAUCAAAGAAGGAAAGAUCGCCGGCCGGGCUGUCCUCCUCGCCGGACAGCCUGGCACCGGCAAGACGGCCAUUGCUAUGGGGAUGGCUAAGUCGUUAGGGCUCGAGACGCCGUUUGCGAUGCUCGCCGGAAGCGAGCUGUUCUCGCUGGAGAUGGGGAAGACGGAGGCGCUGAUGCAGGCGUUUCGGAAGGCGAUUGGGGUGAGGAUCAAGGAGGAGACGGAGAUUAUUGAGGGGGAGGUUGUGGAGGUUCAGAUUGACCGGCCUGCGGUGGCCGGAGCGGCGUCGAAGACUGGGAAGUUGACUUUGAAGACGACGGAGAUGGAGACGGUGUAUGACUUGGGGGCCAAGAUGAUUGAGGCGUUGGGGAAGGAGAAGGUGCAGAGUGGGGAUGUGGUGGCUAUUGAUAAGGCGUCGGGGAAGAUUACGAAGGUGGGGAGGUCGUUUUCGAGGUCCAGGGACUAUGAUGCGAUGGGACCGAGUGUGAAGUUGGUGCAGUGUCCUGAUGGGGAGUUGCAGAAGCGUAAGGAGGUUGUGCAUUGCGUCACGCUUCAUGAGAUUGAUGUCAUCAACAGCAGAACACAAGGAUUUCUGGCUCUCUUUACUGGAGAUACUGGUGAAAUUCGUUCAGAAGUGAGAGAACAGAUUGACACAAAGGUAGCAGAGUGGAGGGAGGAAGGGAAGGCAGAAAUUGUGCCGGGUGUUCUGUUUAUCGAUGAGGUGCAUAUGCUUGACAUUGAAUGCUUUUCUUUUCUGAAUCGUGCUCUGGAGAAUGAGAUGGCUCCAAUUUUAGUUGUUGCUACAAACAGAGGGAUCACUACGAUCAGAGGCACAAACUAUAAAUCCCCCCAUGGGAUUCCAAUUGAUCUCCUUGAUCGCUUACUUAUUAUCACCACUCAGCCUUACACUGAGGAUGAAAUUCGCAAGAUUCUGGACAUCAGAUCCCAAGAAGAAGAAGUUGAGAUGUCUGAAGAGGCAAAGCAUUUGUUGACCAAGAUUGGUGUAGAUGCAUCUUUGAGAUAUGCCAUCCAUCUCAUAACAGCUGCUGCCUUGGCAUGCCAAAAGCGGAAGGGAAAGAUUGUUGAGAUGGAGGAUAUUAACCGAGUUUACCAUCUGUUCUUGGAUGUGAAACGAUCAACACAAUACUUGAUGGAGUAUCAGAGUCAGUACAUGUUCAAUGAUGCUGAUGAAGACGAUGCCAAUGCCAUGCAACCUUGAGAUAUUCUUUGGACUAGGAAGAUUUUAUGGUUAUUUGUGUAUGUCGCUUUAGUGAUUAUAUGCAUCAUUGAACUUUGUUUAGGGGAAAUGGUAUCACUCUGGUUGUAUGUUAUCCUGUUAGGGAAUUAGUUUUGUUACUUUGUAGUUUUUUCAUGUGUAGGGAUGAAUCAGUAAACUUUGUCUACUCUUUAAUGAAGCAUAACUAUUUUAACUG